CCUGUCACGGUGGAGGUGAGUGGGGGUGGCCCUGGGGCUGGGCUGGAGGGGGGCAAGAAAAGUUGACCUUCUCACCAGCUGAGAGAUGCCAAGUCAAAGAGGCCCAGUGCCAUCCUCUUUGCCCAUUGACAGGUGCCACCCCAGGAGUGAAGGAUGCUGCCCUGGGUGUUCCUCCUUAUGAUCCUCACCCUCAGCAGCAGCUCCCACUGCUCCCCGCUCUCCCUGCCCCUCAGGAUGCGGCGGUAUGCAGAUGCCAUCUUCACCAACAGCUACCGGAACGUGCUGGGCCAGCUGUCUGCCCGCAAGCUACUCCAGGACAUCAUGAACAGGCAGCAGGGAGAGAGAAACCAAGAGCAUGGAGCAAGAGUACGGCUUGGCCGUCAGGUGGACAGCGUGUGGGCAGACCAAAAGCAGAUGGCACUGGAGAGCACCCUGGUGGCUCUGCUGCAGAAACCCAGGAAUUCCCAAGGAUGAAGAUGCUGCCUGUGCUUUAUGCUACCUGUAGCCAAAACAAAAGUUAAUCCUAUUUAAUUCUGACCUACUUUUUCCUCUGUAAAUACAAUAAAGUUCCCCCAUACUGGUCUGC